AUGGAGCGGGAGUAUCGGUCUGAGCAACAUAGAGUCGAUAAAUGGAGAAAAGCGUUGGAUUGUGUCUCCGGUAAGAUUGGGUUGACGUUCGAUGAUAAAAGCUUAUCAGAGAGCGAUUUUAUUAAAAAUGUCGUUAAGGAGAUCUUGAAAUUGCUACAAGCCAUUUCCUCGGUGCAAGCCGAAAAUUGUCUUGUUAAGAAACUGCCAUUAAAAGGAGAAACUUCUGCAAUGAAAUCGGAUUCUUUCAUAUCCUCCAAGGCUCAAAAAGGAAUCCUAAUGAGACCACCUGAAGCCAAGAUCAAAAGUUUCACUGGAAGCAACUCUUUCGCUCCUCAUGAAGCCAUUGCCUCGGGACGGGGUCCAACCCAUACAGGAAAAAUGCGUGUCACCCUUCAGAUUCCCACCGAGCCUUCAAAGAAAGGCCUGGAGUUUGACAAAAACAUUAAAAAGAGUAGCUGGUAUAAAUGGUAAUGGUAGUGUAGUAGUUGAUCUCAUGAUAAUUUAUGGUGUAAUUGCAAAAUGGUCCUAUAAUCAUUAUGUUUAGACAGUCUUUAAUCACUUUUCCACUGCAAAAAGGGUAAAACAUAUCCAAAAAUAGACUAGAUCAAAAGUAGUAAUAGAACAAAAGUCUAAUUUUGCCAAUAUUUAUAUUUAUUUUACAAAUAGACCUGCAAAGGCCAUGCGUGAAAUAGCAGCACACGAGUCGUCAGAAGAAAACUAUAUUUAUUUACAAAUUUGAUCCAUGAAAAAGUUUUUCAGAAACUCUCGUGGAUAUAUGAAGCUCAGAACUUACGGUCAGGGAAGAGAAUCGGAGCAACAAGUGACCAGUUGAAGAGACCAGCAGUGGUCCAGCUGGUCACAACACGGACCCACACAGACGCCGCCCAGCUUACGUAUCACUUUCACCAACAGAAGUUGACCAAAUAGUUGAGAGCAUUGCAGAGUACAUGCUCAGGAGGGAGAAAAUGAUGUGGAAGAAUGCGUAUGAGUAUAUCACUGACUUCUUCUGCUCUAUCUCUUCCUUGUCUUCUGCUUUCCCGUCUAGCGGAAGCAGAGGCUUCUCUCAACAUUUUCAACAAAGCAAAAUAUAACUUUAUAAGUUACCAAAUGAAGCCAGUCUAGAUGAUUUAACACCCAAUUCUGCUUUCAGACCAAUAGCUUCAAGCCUAUGUAGACAAUGUUGAGAACUAAACUCUAAACCAAAGCAAGAAACAGAAUUUGUGAAAGGACUUUCGCGGAAAUAUACCUGCGCAGGAAGAACCAGGACAGGAGAGGAGGGUAGUGCAAGAACCAGCACGAACGGCUGAAUAAACGACAGAGAGAUUGCAUUCCUAAUCUCGGGGUUCACUUGAACAAGAAGAAAAAACCCAGCACCAAACUUGGGCAUUGACUC